AGGACUUUCUGCUCCAGCCACUCCUGCCAGAAAGGAUUCAUGACUCGGGGGAGAGAGAGGGAAAUUAAAAAAAAAAGAAAGGAAAGGAAAGGAAAAGAGAGGGACAGAAAGUAACUUGCGGAGAUUUCGCAACAGCACGGGGAGGGGAAAAAUAUGUAUAUGCUUCAAAGCUGGGGAGGGUAGCUAUCCUAGUCAAGGCCAGGGUAGGAUAAAAGCACCAUCAGCUCUCCGGCUGCAAGGCAUGAAAAUAUGCCUCAGUCCAGACACACGCUUGGCCUUGCCAAUGUCAAGGCGGCGGGUUUAGGGUAACUGCUGCCGAUCCGGAGAGGACUUGCUAUGAGUUCCCCAAUCCCACUGCUUCUGAUUCUCUGCCUGCACGGGGUCCUGGGCCAAAGUCCUCAAAGAGGUCUUCAACCCACCCUCCCUGAUUUGGAGGGGGAUCUCCUCUUCCUGUUAGACAGCUCUGGCAGUGUCUCCUACUACGAAUUCUCCAGGAUCAAAGAGUUCAUUGCUGAACUGCUCCUCCCCUUUACCUUUGGCCCUCACGAUGUCCAGACUGGCAUUGUCCACAUCAGUACCAUGCCCAUCUUGGAGUUCCCCUUUGACCGGCAUCUCUCCACUGGGGCCAUCCAGCAUGCUAUUCGCAACAUCCAGCAGGUGAUGGGGGACACCAAUACUGGCAAAACCCUUUCCUUUGCCAAGGAGAAGCUCUUCACGGCAGAAGCGGGGGCCCGUCCCAAUGUCCCCAAAGUGCUGGUGUGGGUGACCGAUGGCUUCUCCACAGACGACAUCUCCCAGCCGAUGCAGCUUCUGAAGGACAUGGGGGUUACCGUCUUCAUUGUCAGCACGGGGCGUGGGAACUACUUGGAGCUCUCAGCUGCUGCCAGCCAACCGCCAGAGAAGCAUCUCCACUUUGUUGACGUGGAUGACUUGGGCAUCAUUACCAAGGAGCUGCAGGAUGCCAUUGCAGCCGUCAUCCAAGCCAAGCGUCUGAGAGCCACAGACAUCUCCACAAGCAGCUUCCGCCUCACUUGGCCCCCGCUUCUGACUCGGGACACUGGCUACUACAUUUUGGAGUAUGCCCCGAGUGGAGAACCCAGGCGGAAAGUGAUUAAACAACUCACUGGUGACCAUACCAACAUUGUGGUGGAUCAACUAGCCUCACAAACCACGUACGAGGUGGCUCUCAUUCCAGAGUCCAAUGAGCGAUACAUCCCACCGCAAACCACCAGGGUCACCACUCUGGAAGAGGUGAUCAGCCCUGCACAGAUUCUUAUCUCAGAGUCCAAACCCCACAGCAUCCGGGUCAGCUGGUCUCCCAUCCCGGAGAACGUGGCCACCUAUCAAGUCAUGUACGGUCCCCUGACCAGCAACUUGGUCCAGCUGCAAGAGGUGGACGGGAGGCUCAACAGCACCGUCCUGGAAGACCUAGCGGCCAAUACCAGCUACCUGGUGACUGUAUCUGCCAUUUAUAAGUCUGGUAGGGAGAAAGCCCUCUCAGCCAAAGCUUGCACUCAGGAAGAAUACUCCAAAAUAAAGCACCUCCACUUUGAAGACCUGAGCGCCAGCUCCGUAAAGGCCUCCUGGGAUCCAGCAGGAGGGGAUGUGUUGGGCUACCGUGUUCGGUGCCGGCGGCAAGCUGGCCCCUCGACCCUCCUCAGCGUCUCGCCACAGAUCCACAGUGUUUUGCUGUCAGAUCUGACACCCGGCAGCACCAAUAAAGUGUGUGUGAAGCCUGUGUACAAGAGCCUUCCUGGGAAAGCACUGUGUCGAACAAUCUAUCGGCAGCCUGCUUCUGCAGUGGGCGGCUACAGGCACCAGCAGAAAGCGUGAGUGUUUGUGAACUAGCAAGACAUCCCUGUGGAUCGGAAGGCGAGGACUGGCCUGGGACAAAGGUAUCAAGGACCCAGGAUGAGGAGGGUCACUGUCCCGAGCCCUUUCAAGCUCCAACUACCCGCCCUGCUCUCUUUUGCAGCUGACUUACCUACAAAUGCCCAAGAUUUGGCUUGGUUACAGAAAACAGCCUCAUUGGGACACUGGAUCUUGCUAGAAAAAGCAAUCCUUGGUCACCAACCUUUGUUUCCUUUCCUUGGUAUUCCAGAGAAAGACUGGGAAUUGAGUCCCACUUCCUUUACUGUUCUAUUUAUUUGUGUUCCGUGUUGAAUAGGGGGGGGGGCAAGAAAGCAAAGGGCUCUUGGUUCCUUUCUCCCAUACAAGUGGGAAUAUUUGCCUUCCAAUUUGCAUUCUGAAUUUUCCUUCUGCUUCAAAAGCGAUUGCAGUUUGAUUGGAGGGGGAAGGAAUUAGAAGCACAAGGCAGAUCCAAAAUGAUUCCUUGGCUGUCGUCCAAAGCAAUGGGCCAAGAUCUCAGCUGGUUGAACACUGUUGUUAUCUGAAUUAGCCAUAUGUAAUAGAUUCCUGUUGCAGGGAAUUCCACAGGCUGAGGGAGAGCUAAUUGCAAAACUGCUGGCCAUUUAUAUUUCCUGUUUUGUUUUAUGCACCUUUUCUCUGGCCUUGGAAGAAAACAGUCAAGACAAUGAGGAUGCAAAACUUGUUUUCAGGCUGAGAGUCACCUGAACCUUUGAGUGGUGUGCCGGGAUCCACAUUCCAAGAAAAAGGUGGACCAGAACAAAGGGCUUGGCAAGGGUAGGACAGAAUUAUGUGACAGAAUAAAAUUAAGAGAUAUAUUUACUGAGCAGUGAAUAUGCUUACUCCCUUUCUAUUUAUUGGUUGCAUCAAAAAUUACAUUUGUUGGGGGGACGCAACCAAAUGUUUGGGGAGGUAAAGGGGGCCACCUCUGCCCUAGAUACUAAGGAGCAGCAGAGACAAUUACCUGGUAAACGGAGAUAAAGAUAGAUGAAGGGCAAAGGAAGAUGGCCAGAGGUCUUUAAGGGGUCAGUUUGGGAACAAAAAAAUGUGCAUUGUGCAAAUGCAGACAGUGAGCAUUACAUGCGGCCCGAUCCAGCUGUGACCCCUUGAAUUGAACUGCGGCCCAUGCAGAAGCCAUGCUUGUCUGGAAAUGUGAGAUCGUUUGCCUCAAACCUGAGAUCAUCCAGUGAAAUUGCAUGUUAGAUUCAGAAGACACAAAAUGAAGCAGUUCUUCACACAAAGCGUUGGGCCCUUAGGGAAGUUGCUCCUAAACUGUGCUGGCCCUUUAAGGAAUCAGCAGCUUGCAAGUUGCCAAUGGAACUUUGAGCUAAUCUGACCAGCUUAUACAGCAUUGCCAGCCAACCAGAGUUUAGGACCCUUUAUUAAAGCAGUGAGCAAGCACUUGUUUUAAAAAUACAGUAUUAUCAUGACCAUCCUGGGAGGUGUACUCCAGUCCAUUUGGGGAGCUCCCAACUGGAGAUGGUGAUAUGCAGGCAGAAGAUCCCUACCGUAAGUCACCGCACCUUAGACAACUAGCACCUCAAGAUAAAGUUCAGCUAGAAUCCUGAAAUGCUUGUUUUCUAUGCAUGUUUUGUUUAACUGUUUCAUCAUGUGAGCCUCCACCUGUAGUGAGAAUUGAAUUACCCCAGACAACAGUGAAAUUUCUCAGAAGUAGGCAAUGGGAAGGCAGUGUUUUUUUUUUUAAAGAGACAAUCACAGUAAUGCAAGUAACAUUGUGGCUUGUUGCUCUUUAUUUUUUUGAAAUCUGAAAGUCUAAGAGGGCUUCAUUCCUGCUUCAAGAUGUGUGUGACGGUCACAGUAAUCUUUAUGUCAGAAACCAUUUCGUUUUCUCCAUAACUCUUUCAAGCAUGGUUUUACUAAUACAGUAGCCAUUGUCUCCUCAGUUCCAUUGUAAUGUGCCUUUUGAAAUAAGGUGAAUUAA